AAAUAAUAGUCUACAACAGGUAUUAAGUAUUCAUUGAGCAUUGCUGUAGUUAUGCUGUUGAAGCUAUUAAAUGGCAGAAGCAGCGAUUUUGCUUGUUUUGAGUUCUCUGGCCCAUGUCUCUUUGUUGAGUGAUAUCAAUUAAUUUGUGGACUCCUUGGGGGAAUUUCUGUGUUAUGUGAACUUAGACUUAUAUUCAUGUACUGAGAAGUCAGGUGUGUGUGAGGAGGAAGGGAGGGGAGGAGGAAAGAGGAAGGAGGGGAGAAUGUAUAGGAUAUUUUUGAGGCACUAUAUCUUUUAUGCAAAUCUGGGAGGUUGGAUUUAGCAAGAUAGAUUUUUAUUUUUAUCUACAUUUUCUGAUUCAAAUAUGAGGUUUUUGAGAAAUUGGAAGAAAGUAUUAAAGCUUUCGACAGUACAGGGUAUUUUGGUUUUACUUAAAAAUUUGUACAUAGCAUCUGUGAUACCAUUUGAGCAUUUAUAACAUAGACUUGGUUUUUCUUGUCGUGGCUCUUGUGCGAGAGUGUUUUUUGCUCUGAUUAGUGAUUUACAGAUGACUCAGUUUGGUGCAUAAGUAGUGUGUGCUUUGCACAGAAACACGUUUGGACUUGGAGGAUGGCCUUUUCACGUGUGCUGAAGUCCUCCUCGGGAAGAUAGAGCUGGCUCUCCCGGUGUCUUCUAUUAACUGCUUCCGAGCUUCAUUGUAUCUAGGCAAAGCAUUUAUUUCUCUCAAGUUGAACUGUGUUCGUGCUUGAGCGUUCAGAAAGCAGAAAUGCGUUAGCUCUUGAUGAUGAAACCUGUUGGAUCUCUAGUGGAAGCAGCUGGAGCCUUUGGCUUGUUAACUAGCGAUGAUUCAAGUCUUGCAGAUUGUAAAGGAGCUGGUGACACCAUCAAGGCAAAAGGCAACCACAGCGAAGGAAGAUUCGGACCAGGAUGUAGCACUCAAACUUGCUCAGGAACGAGCUGAAAUAGUUGCUAAAUAUGACAGAGGUCGAGAAGGUGCAGAAAUCGAGCCUUGGGAAGAUGCGGAUUAUCUUGUUUACAAAGUCACUGAUAGAUUUGGCUUUUUACAUGAGGAGGAGCUCCCAUAUCAUAAUGCAGCUGUGGACCGGCAAAAGCAACUGGAAAUUGAAAGAACUACCAAAUGGCUGAAAAUGCUGAAAGGAUGGGAAAAAUACAAGAAUACUGAGAAGUUUCAUAGACGAAUUUACAAAGGAAUUCCGCUCCAGCUCCGAGGUGAAGUCUGGGCUCUUCUUCUUGAGAUCCCUAAGAUGAAGGAAGAAACAAGAGACCUUUAUAGUAAAUUAAAACAUAGAGCACGGGGUUGUUCACCUGACAUCAGACAAAUAGACCUUGACGUGAACCGCACAUUUAGGAACCAUAUUAUGUUUAGAGACAGAUAUGGUGUUAAGCAACAAUCCUUAUUCCAUGUUCUUGCUGCAUAUUCUAUCUAUAAUACGGAAGUCGGGUACUGUCAGGGGAUGAGCCAAAUAACAGCCCUACUCCUCAUGUACAUGAACGAGGAAGACGCCUUCUGGGCCCUGGUCAAACUCUUCUCCGGCCCCAGACAUGCUAUGCAUGGCUUUUUUGUCCAAGGUUUUCCUAAACUCUUGAGAUUUCAAGAACAUCAUGAAAAAAUUCUGAAUAAAUUUCUAUCCAAACUUAAGCAACACUUGGAUUCUCAAGAAAUCUACACAAGUUUUUAUACAAUGAAAUGGUUUUUUCAGUGUUUUCUUGAUCGAACUCCCUUUACGCUGAACCUCAGGAUAUGGGACAUCUAUAUCUUUGAAGGAGAGCGAAUUCUUACAGCUAUGUCUUACACGAUCUUGAAAUUACACCGAAAACAUCUAAUGAAGUUGUCUAUGGAAGAACUUGUAGAAUUUCUUCAGGAGACUCUCGCCAAGGACUUUUUCUUCGAGGAUGAUUUUGUAAUAGAGCAACUUCAGGUUUCAAUGUCAGAACUAAAGCGGGCAAAAUUAGAUCUCCCAGAGCCUGGUAAGGAGGAUGAAUAUCCAAAGAAACCCCUGGGGCAACUUCCACCUGAGUCUAAUUCUGCUUGUAUUAAUCAGUUGAGCAAUGGACAAAGAAGUGUUGGCAGGCCCAGCCCCCAAAUAAGCAGCAGAAGAGAAGGUGGAUCACCUCACAAAAAACAUGAGCAUUCCCCUGCCCACCGCAGCAGAACUGGUACACCAGAAAGAGUCGGACAACUGCGACAGAAGUCAGUGGAUGACGAUAGUAAAAAUCUGAAGCAUGAGGCAGGCUUUCAGAGAAAACCUUCAGUGGGUCCACAGGACAGUUCCAGGCACUAUAACCAUGCAGCUGCUAACCAGAAUAGCAAUGCAAUGUCAAACAUCAGAAAGGAAUUUAUGCCCAAAUGGAGAAAACCAUCAGAUGCCUCAGCUAUUGAAAGAACUGCUAAAUAUGCCAUCGAAAGCCGAAGUUCCUCGGUGCAUCCUACACCUACAGCUGCCGUCCCAAGUUCUGCUGAGACUCGGAUGUCUAGCUCAAGGCAAAAGAUGAAGGGGUUUGAUGGUAGUGAUGGGAAGCGGGGUUCUAAUGCUUCACAGUAUGACAAUGUGCCUGGGAGUGAAAACGAAAAUGGAGCAUCUGCGGAGGAGGCAUCAGAACGGACUCACCCUCACAGCCCAAGAAAGCACACUGAGCCAAGCUCCAGUCCAUCGAAAGUACCCAACAAGUUUACUUUUAAAGUGCAGCCUCCCGGCCAUGUGCGAUACCCAUCCCAGUUAGAAGGGGAGGAUCACAGGGUUGCAUAUCCACCCUCCUACAGCAACCCCCCUGUUUACCAUGGAAAUUCUCCAAAACACAUCCCUAUUCCCCACGGCAACUUUGUGUCCCCACAGAUCAGCCCUGGGACUCAAAUUAAUCCUUCCAGGAGACCGUAUGGCUCUUCUCUUUCAGUUGAUGUUUCUCCGGAGAAGUCUUACAGCCGCCCAACUCCUGUUGUUCUACCAUCUAGUCGAAUUGAAGUUCUUCCCAUUGACAUUGGUGCUGGGGGAUAUGCAGGCAGUUCAGGCUCACCAAAGAAUGGAACGUUCAUCCUUCCUCCAGUGGAUUAUUUACCAGAGAGCAGAAAGUGGUCAGAAGUUAGCUAUACAUACAGACCUGAGAUACACGGACAAUCAUGGACUCGUGAUCCUAGCCGUAGCCACUUAAGCAAUUUACCAAAAUAUGCAGCCUUUCAACAUGUACCUUUUCAGGACCAUGGCCUUCCAGAAGUAUCUGUAGACAGUCCAGUGAGGUAUAAACCUUCACCAACUGUGGAAGAUGCCAGUUCUCCUGGGUAUCAAUAUGCAGGGCCCUCACCUCCAGCACAUCACUACAGAAAUAGAGAGGGACUUUCUAUUCAGGAAUCAGUAUUGCUGUGAGAGUUUGGCUGUAUUCACUGAAGACAAAAGAAUAGAUACCAUAUGAUAACCACAUCGCUAUGUUUAUAAUUGCCAAAGCAGUAUUUUAUACUAUUGUAAACUACUCCUGCAGUUCCAGUGUAUGUCAGUAUGAGAGUGUAUGGAAAUGCUUCAUCCCAUGUAGAUGCUGCUGAAGAUGAGCGUUUCAAUUGCAUCGUCACUGAAACGUUAAUAGGAGAUUCAAAAGCUGGAAACAUAGCAAUAGCAUUCAGGGAUGCGCACACAGUGAGGUUCUAAAUGUUGUUUCAUUCCUAUCUUUCCCUCAGACCGAAUGUUUUCACUCUGGAUACAUUCUGUUCUGACUGCUGUUAGAAUGCACUGAGACGCCAUAGAGGAGGUGUUCUGAAGGCUGCCACUCAUUUUUAAUAGACGUGACAAAAACCCAUGCAUAGAUUUUAAUCACAGAAUUUAGAAAUGUUUUUUAAAACUACCUUUAAUCUAGAUCCGUGAAAUAACUGGGUUUUUUCCCCCUUAUCUUUCUGCCCACCCUGACCCUGUCAUAUUUUAACCUAGGUUCUAAACUGAAAUGACUUUAAAAAUUUGUCCUGACUUUAGGAAUCCUGCAUCUCACAGAAUAUCUUUCUCCUCCUUUUACUGCCCUUUUAUCUCUACUCGGAAAGUAAAGACACUGAGGAGAAAGGCUAACCACUUAAUGGUGCUUAAAACACGGUCAGUUAGCUUGAGUGUGUGGCUCUGGUCUGGCCUGUGCCCAGUGUCUGCCUGCUCCUUGCCAGGUGCAAUGGACAGGCUGCCGAAGGAGCUGGAAGUCACAGACCCUGCAGCACUCUCUCCUGGCAGUGGAAGGUUGCUUUUCAAGUUCAUUUGAAAGCAGCAUUAACCAUAAUGCUGCUCCACACUCUGCUUCAGGUUUCACAGGGCCCCAGGGGAACCGUUCACAUGGGCUUUUUCGGCCACUCAGUCUUUACUGAGUGUAGUGGGUGGAUAUCGCUACACUUACUGGGCCAUUACAUUAUCCUGGUCAAAAGUAUGAAAAAUACCCUAAUUAUUUAUAAGCAUCUAGAAUUUUGAUCUUUGUAAAAAAAAAAAAAAUUAUGUAGUAUGUUUCUUAGUUUUUGAAAAAUUUAUCAGUGAAAAAUAAUUGAGGUUCAUGGUUUAAAAAAAAAUUAAAAUAUGCUAUCGUACACUACUGUUACCAAGACACUGACAACAUGCUGGGCUCUCCAAGAGAGGCUGUCUUUGUCUGUGUGGAUGCGUCUCUCAUUGUUAACCUCCUUGUAUCUGAAUAUCAGAAAGUAGGAAGUCCAACAGGGAUGGCCCCCUCCUCCACAUUGGGGAUUUAAGCAUUUGAGGUACAAGAAUAUAUCUUAAGAGGAAAGUAACAUUUGUCUAGCUAGCAAACAUGACUAUUUUUUAUGUAUAUAAUGAUUCUAAUGUAAUUUAAUCAACGUGGUAAUGAUGUUAUUAAGUGUGGAAACAAAUGUGGUGUAUUAAAGGUGAACACCACACUUAAACUCCAGCUCCUGGUUUAGAUCAUGUGGAAGGUGAGAAGUAAAUGUAUAGAGAAAUGUAGUUGAGGAUAUUAAUUACAGUUCUUAAAGUAUGACUCUGUGACUUAUAAGAAACCAAGCUGUACAAAUUAGUUUAUGAUGGCAGCAUCUCUGCCUCUCCAGAAAGUAUAUAUCAUAGUGGUAAAUAAUGUAGAUUAUAUAUAUAUAUAUAUAUAUAUAUGCAAUAUCUAUAUCACACACUAUUUUCUUAUGUCAUCUAUGGCAUUUUUUAUCUGUAUACUUUUUGAUGUGAUUGUUUUUAACAUGCUAAAAGUAAUACACAUAUUUUGUUCUGUGUCUUCUAUGUGCAGUUUUCAUGUGGCAAGUGCUUUGUCCUGGUGCUUGCAGGGCCAAGCAGAUGUCCUUCUGUGCUUCCCCCACAGCAUCUUACACAUGCCACAGUUCUCUGCCUUCAUCUCCAGGAGACCAUGUUUAGAACUGCAUCACCUUUCCUUGGUUUAAGUAAUAAUGGCAAUAAGGUCUUCCCCACUAUAAAAUGCAUCUCUGUUAGUUUUUAAGUAGGAAAUUUUAAUUUAAAAUUAUUUUGCCACUAUACAAUAUUAUUAUUUUAAAUUUAUUUUUAAAUAAAAGAAAUGAUAACAUAAAUAAUAUUGGCAAAGUGAUUCAAAAUAUGUGUAUAGAAUACAUUUGCUGAGGACAUUCCAGGCACAGCAGCCAUUUUGGUCUGUAACUGCAUGCCCAUAGUGUAUUUGUUAUGGUAUCUUUGCCUGGUAGGAUGAGUGAGCAUUUGGGGUCGCAUUGUAGGUUUCCUAAGAAUGAGCCCUGCUGAUUUUUAGACUUAACUAGUGAACUUAAGUUUUUGUUCUUGCUUUUGUUUUUUUCUGCUCAAGUUUCACCCCAGACUACUUAAAUCAUAUCUUGGUAGAACCCAGGUAUUAGAUAACUGUAUUUCCCUCGUGUCUUGAUGCUUUUACCGUGAAACUCUAUUUAAGAAAAAUGCCCACCAAGUUGUCUUAUGUUUCUAUUGUGGGAUAUUGUGUUUGUUGUUAUUUCUGUUUUUGAAGACAGAGUCUUGCUAUCCAUCCCUGCUUGACCAGAAACUCACUAUGUAUACCAGGUUGACCUUGAUGUUGAAGUGAUCUUCCUGCAUUAGCCUCCAGAGUGCUGUGGUUACAGGCAUGCGCCUCCAUCUUACUUGGUACAGGGCUUUUGAGUGGUGGGGAUUGAACCCAUGCUCUCAAAUGCAAACCCUACUGGUGAACUAGCUUUUAAAAUUCUUUGAGGUCAGACAUUUCAGAGUUUAAAAAGUGAUGUCAGGAAAGUUAGGAAAAAGUCCACUGGCAACAGCAUUAUCAGCUGUCUGUAAAUUUUAUGAACUUCUAGUCACGACUGAAUAGCUUCAAGGAAGAAGGUGCGACCUUCCUUCCUUCCUGACCACUUACACCACUCCUUCCAAAUAGAGCCGUGAGAUCGCCAUUUUCCUUCAGUGGCCUACUGUGCAGAGCCCUGGCUUUUUAAAGAUCUAAGCAGAGAGAAAACCCUGGUCUAGCUUCAUCUGACCAGUCAACAUUUUGAGCAACUAGAACUCACAGGGACUGUUUUCACACUUGAGAACAUGAAAGGAUUAUUUUGAGUGUACAGAUAAUCCUAAACAGUUGCCCCCUUAAUGGUCUUAUUAAAUUUUCUGAUGUGUGAGCUUGGAA